AUGGCCCAAAUUAAAGGUCUUAGCGCUUAUGACCGUCCUCCUGAUCCAGUGAGGCUCUGCUACAAGAAAUAUUCUAAGAUUGCCUUGUCUGAAGUUGACAAUGAUCCGGAGAUCCUCGACCUACAGCGGAUCGAUCCCGACCAACUGCCAAGCGGAGUGACGAUCGCGCAUUAUAUGUCCAGUCAGAACCUGCGGUUGGCGUUCGAGGAUUUUAUCUGUGGAAACCAUGCUGCAACAGAAGAGCAUGCUCCCUUGGCUGAGAAUAUCCCGGUCUUUGCUCACAAAUCGAUCUCCGGUCUUCUGAUGAUACCUGCCUUAUUUCCUCCUACCGUUCAAAUCGAAUUGCUCUCUCGCCUAUUUCACCGAGACUUGCCCAAUCCCGAGCAUCAGACAAACUUACACCUACACUAUGAUGUAACAUAUCCCGAAGAUGCAGACACCCACACACCCAAAUCAUUCUUCGCAGACGAUCCCACGCGCACUCUACGGCCGAAAGACCCUCAGGUACACAAGGCCUUGACGAUCCAAAACGUCUUGGAGAAAAAGCUGCGCUGGGUCACCUUGGGCGGACAGUACGAUUGGACUGCCAAAGUAUACCCGUCAGGAACCCCGCCGGAGUUCCCGCCAGAUAUUGCGCACUUGCUACGCGUGGCAUUUCCGGAAACCUCUGCUCAGGCCGCCAUCUUGAACCUAUAUUCUGCGGGGGACACGCUGAGCGUACACCGGGAUGUGAGUGAGGAAUGUGACGUAGGUCUGAUCAGUGUGAGUUUUGGAUGCGAUGGGCUGUUCUUGGCCAGCCACGAUGAUGGGAAUGGUUGCGAGAUUAUUCGGCUUCGUUCGGGCGAUACCGUCUACAUGAACGGUAAAUCGCGGUUCGCCUGGCACGGAGUCCCGAAGAUCCUGCCUUCGACCUGCCCCAAAUGGCUGGCUGACUGGCCAUCAUCUGGAGACUCAGCUCCAGGAAUGCCACCUGGUCCUUACGAGAUGUGGAGGGGUUGGAUGUCUGGUAAACGGAUUAAUCUGAACGUUCGACAAAUGACAGCCACCCAAAUAUCCGGGGAUAGGGCAGAGGUUUGA